AACGUCCUGUACCAAUAAACCGACAUCUAGUUGAUAUUUUAAAUCCUACAUUUUAUCAUAAUAUAAAUCUAAUUACUAGAUAUUAACAGUAAUAAAAUGGCAAACAAUGAAUCUGAGUCAGCACCAGAGACAUUGGAAGAAGCUGGUGCGCUUGAAGCCGAUGUUGGGGCUCGCUUUGACCAACAGUUAGCGAACAUCGACCCCAGGCUGAAAAUCCACAUGGACCCUUUCGCACACCGUGACCUGCGUCCCGAGAUGAUGUCCAUCAGAGAGGAGCUCAGGCAGGCCAAGUGGCAAACACUCGCGGUCCGUCGUACUGCCUUGAAGAAACUGCUGUUGAAGGAUCUCAUGCAAGAAGAUUGUGAGCUCAAAAACAUCGGCCUCUCAUAUGCUCCACCUGACCCGUGAAAUAACUCUACCCGUCUAUUGAGUACUUACUAAAAUAAAGCAUACUAGUAAACCAGUGAACCAAAUGUUCACCAAAACCUGA